AUGACUAUGCGGAAAAAGAUGGGCAUAUUAUCGAUUUUUAGUACUGGGUUCUUAGGAUCUGUUUUUUCCGCAGCCAUAAACAUCUAUUGGCGUGUGUAUAUUGAUACUCAUGCCGACCAUUUGUGGUACGCAACAGGAAUACAUGCAGUUACCAUCACCGAACACGCUAUUGGGCUCAUUAUCGCAGAUACUCCACAUUUCGCGAGAUUUUUCCGUAGAUACAGGUUAAGAAUCGGAUUCUUUAAAAGUAAGGAAUCACGGGGCUUCAAGGAAUUUGCGAAGAAAAGUGAGGGGUCCACAGAGAACAAUGCGAAGCAAGAGAGCAAAUCUAUGAAGUUAUAUCCGGAUCUUGAUGUUACGACAGUAGGAGGAACCCUGAGAGGAACCAUGGACAACGAAUCAGAUGAGAAGGUCCAAACUGAACAAGUUUCAACAGAGCAUCAUCCUGCAGCGCAGUACCUAGCAGCAACUCAUUGA